AUGAGGCUGUGGGGGCUCUGCUGGACCCUCUGGGUGCUGGCCAGCCCAGGGGCGCCGCUGACCGGGGAGCAGAUCCUGGGCAGCCUGCUGCAGCAGCUGCACCUCAGCGAGGUGCCUGUCCUGGACCAGGCCGAAGUGGAGCGGCUGGUGACCCCGGCCCACGUGCGGGCCCAGUAUGUGGCGCUGCUGCAGGGCAGCCACCAGGCCCACUCCCGCGGGAAAAGGUUCAGCCAGCACUUGCGAGAGGUGGCAGGCAGGUUCCUGGUGUCCGAGGCCACCAGCUACCUGCUGGUGUUCGGCAUGGAGCAGCGGCUGCCGCCCCACAGCGAGCUGGUGCAGGCCGUGCUGCGCCUCUUCCAGGAGCCCGCGGCCAGGCCGGCGCUGCGCAGGCACGAGCGCCUGUCCCCGCGCGCCGCCCGCGCGCGCGUCACCGUCGAGUGGCUGCACGUCCGCGCCGACGGCUCCAACCGCACCUCCCUCAUCGACUCCAGGCUGGUGUCGGUCCACGAGAGCGGCUGGAAGGCCUUCGACGUGACCGAGGCCGUGAACUUCUGGCAGCAGCUGAGCCGGCCGCGGACGCCGCUGCUGCUGCAGGUGUCGGUGCAGCGGGAGCACCUGGGCCCGCACGCUUCGGGCGCGCACAGGCUGGUCCGCUUUGCUGCCCAGGGCCAGGGCGCGUCGGGCCAGGCCGAGCCGCAGCUGGAGCUGCACACGCUGGACCUCAAAGAUUACGGGGCCCAAGGCAACUGUGACCCCAAGGCGCCCGUGAGUGGGGGCACCCAACGCUGCUGCCGCCAGGAGAUGUACAUUGACCUGCAGGGGCUGAAGUGGGCCGAGAAUUGGGUCCUGGAGCCCCCUGGCUUCCUGGCCUAUGAGUGCGUGGGCACCUGCCUGCAGCCCCCGGACCCCCUGACCUUCAAGUGGCCAUUUCUGGGGCCCCGACAGUGUAUAGCUUCAGAGACGACCUCCCUGCCCAUGAUUGUGAGCACCAAGGAGGGGGGCCAGCUCCGGUCCCGGGUGGUCAGCCUGCCCAACAUGAGGGUGCAGAAGUGCAGCUGUGCCUCGGACGGGGCGCUCGUGCCCAGGAAACUGGAGCCGUAGGCUUGGGGGGCAGCCACCGUGGGACAUGGCUGUGUGUGAGAGAAAUGUUGCAGGGCUCCAGGAGAGAUGUGGACAAUGCAACCACACAUGCCCAGCGCUCCGCCCUCUCCCCUUUGCUCUGAAUUUGUCUUCUUGACCUCUGGACUCAUCUACCAUCCUAAUUUCCCAUGUCCAGGAGUCCCUGGCAC